AUGCCGCCGCCGAAGAAAUCGGUGGCGUUGCGUCACCGAGCGCACAUGAUUGCCUCCUCUGUCGAAGACCAGGAGGCGGCGCUCAUGGAAUGGCGGGCAAGGGCACAGCAGGGCAAAGAGACGCUGCAGCGCAUUCGCUCCAAAAUGGACGCCCAUAAAAAAUCAGCGGAAACGACAAAACGUGGAGGACGAUGGUUGGCGGAGUGGACUUCUCUCCAGCGGGAGGCCGUAUCGCGCGACCUGGAGCUGAGUAAGGCUUACGCCUCAUGUGCGCACUUGUUGCCGCAGUCACUCAGAAACAAGCUGGCGGAGCAGGAGGAGCAAAAAAAUGAACUCUUAGGCUAUCUGAGUGAACGUGUCACGCGUAUACGGAAGGAACUUGAGCAACUGCACAAGCAGAAAAACCAGCCGUCUCAAGAAGCGCUGCGGACACUCUCAGAAAGCAUCUCAGCGUUGCGGAAGGAGCUUCUGGAGAAGAAGGUGACAGACGUAGAGGCGGAAAAGAUGAUAUGCGGGGAGGCGAACGGGGAGACGGACCAGCAGAGCCCAAUGGAGACACUUCAGAGGUUGAUCCAGUCAACGAUGAAGACAUUUGACGGGAUUUGCGAGUCCAUCGAUGGCAAGAUAAAUGCUGCUCUGGUGGAGACGUACCGGAAUGCCCUGCAAACAGAAGGGGAAAACACCACGUCUCAAGCGGCGGCAUGCACCGACAGGAGGGUCGGGACGGUAUUGCAGUCCCAAAAUGAUUUGCGCACUGUGUCAUUGAUAUUAAAAACGUACGACAGCGAAGUGGAGUCCGGCACUACCGCCGCUGCAAUCUCGGAGGAGUUAUACGACCGCGUACAGCGGGCUCUUCCGCACCUCUCGAAGAUGUCGGCGAGACGCGUCGUAGAUGAGGCACUUCGGCAGAAACGAGGACGAGUGUACAUGCGCUCAGUCACACUUCAGUACAAGAAACGGACUACGGAACUUCUGGAGUCGUUUAAGAAGGCUGUGAUGGCGGAAGAGGAGAUCAUGAAGAUGCGGAACGCCAUAAGUGAAGAGGCGAGGAUGCGUGAGGAACGUCAACAGAAGACUCAAGAAGAGCUGGAGAGGCUCCGUAUAGCCCGUGAGGCGAAGGACGCAUCACGCCGUGCCGAGGAAGAGGCUAAAAAAAUGGAGGAGGAUGAAAAGCAUCAGAAGCUACUUUGCAUUCGCGAGGCGGAGUUUCAGGAGCGUCUACGGCGAUUGAGGGAGUACCAGGAAGAGCAGCGCGAGCUCCAAGAGAAGGAGCGUGUUGUCCAGCAGGCGCUGGCGGAGGAGAAUGCACUGAAGAAGGCCAUUCAAAAGGAUCACAACGCAAAACGCGUGGAGGAAAGAAAGAAGGAAUACGAAGAAAAGUGUCGCUUACGCAAGAAGCAUCAAGAAGAAAUGGAAGAAUUACGCAAGGCGCACCAACGAACAUUGGAGACGUUUUUUAAAGGCAUUGAGAGGCGUCUGGGGGUGACGUAUGAUGCCGAAAGAGUUCUGCAGCCUACCACCUCUAGUCAACAGAGUGUGCCCUUUGUUUCAUUCUCGGAAGCUUCGCAGUUCAAUGUGCACGGGUACACGGUGGACGAUAUCAUGAAAGACCCACGGUUCCGUCUUCAACUUGCCUUGAUGGAGGCGGGAUUACACCAGACACCAUACGGGAGAGAA